AACCUUUCCUCCGAUUCAGAAAGUAAAACUCUGCUCUGCGAAGCUACUUUCGGGUUCACUGUUAUGUCCCAGAUUGAAGCUGACUUUCAACAGGUUGUAGGCUUUGGGCAACAGAUCUCUUCAAGGACACAGAUGGAGACAACGGUACUAUUAGCCCUCUUAUUGCAAGGGGCCCUAACUCUCUCACUGACGGACAAUUCAGUUCCCACCUUGCGCUUUGUGGCUGUGGGAGACUGGGGUGGGGUCCCUAAUGCCCCAUUCUACACAGCCCGAGAAAUGGCAAAUGCAAAGGAAAUUGGAAGGACUGUGGAAACCCUGGGAGCCAACUUCAUCCUAUCCCUUGGAGACAACUUCUACUUCACUGGAGUUCAGGAUGCCAAGGAUAAAAGAUUCCAGGAAACCUUUGAGGAAGUUUUCACAGCCCCCUCCCUUCAAAACAUUCCCUGGUAUGUGCUAGCUGGAAACCAUGACCACCUGGGGAAUGUUUCAGCUCAGAUUGCUUACUCCAAAGUCUCUAAGCGCUGGAAUUUCCCCAGCCCUUAUUACCGCCUCAGAUUCAAAAUCCCCAAAACUAAUGUAAGCGUGGCCAUUUUUAUGCUGGACACUGUGACACUGUGUGGAAAUUCAGAUGAUUUCCUGAGCCAACAGCCUGAGAGACCUAAGGAUUUGAAGCUGGCACGAAGCCAGCUGUCCUGGCUAAAGAAACAGCUAACCAAUGCCAAAGAGGACUACCUGCUGGUAGCUGGCCACUACCCUGUGUGGUCAAUAGCAGAGCAUGGACCUACCCAUUGCCUUGUAAAGCACUUACAGCCUCUGCUGGUCAAGCACAAAGUCACAGCUUACCUAUGUGGCCAUGACCACAACCUGCAGUACCUCAAGGACAAGGACGGCGUGGGUUAUGUGUUGAGUGGGGCAGGAAACUUCAUGGACCCCUCCAAGAAACACCAACGUAAGGUCCCUGAUGGUUAUCUGCGUUUUUACUAUGGGGCUCGAGAUUCCCUCGGUGGCUUCGCCUAUGUGGAGAUCACCUCCAAGGACAUGAGCAUCACUUAUAUUGAGGCCACAGGCAAAUCUCUCUAUAAGACAAGUCUGCCCCGUCGAACUGUGCCCUAG